GACGCUGGGCGUGAUGCUGUACGCCGGCGUGCCGGGCACCGGCCAGCCGUCGGGCGCCGACAGGCCCUGUGCGUGGUCGUACAUGGAGGACUACAACUUCGUCUGCAACGACAGCGUGCUCAGCGGCAGGCGGCGCUACGACUCGGCCGGCAAGUACGAGUACGUCAGCUGCGAGGAGGACGACCGCAUGUACUACGUCACCUUCGAGUCCAACCGGAGCAUCGUCGAAAAGUAUCAGAUGUACAUCCCGAACAUCUCCGAAGGCUGGGCACUGUUCGACAUCCAGCGUGACGUUGGGGCCAAGUGUUCUCCUUUCGCUUUGAACUACGAGCGCCUGGAAACCGCACAGAGCAUAGCCCGAAACAGAACGCACGUUCUGUAACGGUCCGGUUAUCUCUCCGCGGUCUGCGAGUGUUUGCG